GCCGGCUGAAGGGCUCCGGGGGUGAGCUCCCCCGCGAGCGCGCGCGUGUGUCUGCUUGUGUGUAUGUGUGUAUGUGUGUGUGUGUGCGCGCGCGCCCAUGAAGGAUGAGCUUCUCGGGCGUCCAUCCCGCCGAUGCUCCCUCGUCUCUCGGCCAACUCUUGCGCUCCCUCUGCUGCCGAACUUCUUCUUCUCCUCCUCCUUUGUGUGGCCCUCUCGCCACAUUAUCAUUGUUGUUGUUGUGUUGGUGGUUGUCUUCUUCCUCCUCCACCACCACCACCACCACCACCUCCUCCUCCUCGCUGAUUGAGAGCUCGGCGGAGGAGCUCAGGUCAUCUGCAGCUGCGGCGAAGAAGAAGAAGGAGAAGGAGAAGAAGAAGCAGGAAAGAUGGCGAUCGGCGACUACUACUACUACUACUAGCCAGAUCGGACGGACACAACUUUGGAGGUGACGGAGAAGAUUGUCGCGGUUUACCUGACUUUCCAGGGAGUGCUUCCCCUGUUCAGUGAUGGAGGUACUGCACUGUGAUGGCUGUGACUUCCGCGCCGAGUCGUACGACGACCUGAAGACACAUAUUCAGGAAGUGCACACUGUCUUCCUCCAGCCGGCGGAUGCAGACGAGUCUGACUCACUAAAGGACAACAAGGAGGAGGAAGAAGAAGAAGAUGAUGAUGAUGAUGAAGAUGAGGAGGAGGAGGAAGCGGCAGCAGAGGGGGAUAAGCAUGACAAGGAUUACACACGGACUAAAGAUGGAACGAGUCCCAACUCUGCUGACACCUCCAGCAAGGCAUCACCAAAGCCACCCGCUGAAACCCAUCUGCUAUUUUACCAGUGCAAGUUCUGCGUCCGUUACUUCAGAUCAAAGUCGUUCCUGAGAAACCACACCAAGAAGGUGCACAAUGUUGAUCAAGAGGGCGCAGUAUCACCGAUCUCCUCCAAGACCGCCCUGGAGCACAGUGACAAUUCCAAAGUUUUCUCGUGUCAGUAUUGCACAUACAAGUCGCCGCGCAAAGCGAGGAUGAUAAAGCAUCACGUUAUGUGUCACAGCAAGCAUCAUGUUAUGUGUCAUAACAAAGUUCCUUUAGACAGUUCCAGAGUCCCUUUGGAGAAUGCCGAGCCAGACAAGGAGUUGGACUCACCCGACACACUCAUGAGGGGGACGUUUGCAUGUGAAUGGUGUGACUAUCAGACUAAUCAGAAGGCCGGUUGGACUAAUCACGUGUUCAAGGAACACAGCGACCAGGUCAAGGUAGUUUCCUGCAAUUCUGAGCCAGAAGGGGAUGCAAGCGCAAACUCACCCAAAGCGGAUACCCCAUCCCAAAGCUCGAGUACAUUAAAGACAGCUUUGACUGAUGGAUAUGAGGAGUCCCCGGAGAAAACGCUUAAAUCAGCGCAGAGUGGCACAGAAUCACCCAUCGCUAAGGAGGUGGUGAACAGUGGAUUUGAAAUGGAUGUCAAUGUACUGAAUGAGGAAGACUCCAGGAGCGGCUCGGAGGAAGAUGAAGACUUAGGUGAUAUAGAUGAUGAUCCCAACUACACUGGAACGCUGUCUGCAGACGCAGAGCAACUUUUAUCGGACGAAGACAAUAAACUGCUGGAGACUAAAGGAGUACCUUUCAGAAAGUACAUGAACCGUUUCCAGUGUCCCUUUUGCUCCUUCCUCACCAUGCACAGACGAAGCAUCUCGCGUCAUAUCGAGAACAUUCACCUCUCUGGUAAAACCACAGUAUAUAAAUGCGAAGAAUGCCCGUUUAUUUGCACCAGCCCACAUAAAUUAGGCGCUCACAAACAGACCCACAGUUCAUCAGACAUGGAAACCAUGGACCUGACAAGUGAUAGUCCAGAACCUCAUAAUGACAGUGCAGCAGAGUCCGUUAACGGGGGCAACAUUAGCAGAAUAAAUGGGAAAAAGAUAACCAGCACAUUAAACGACCAGCAAAACCCUCAUCGGUGCACGCUUUGCAACUACUCUACCACCACUCUGAAAGGUCUAAGGGUCCACCAGCAGCAUAAGCAUUCCUACUGUGAUGACAUGGAUCCGACUGUCUUUGAAAGCCAGUUGGCUGACCAGUUGGACGCUGACGUAGCAGCCUCGCCGACCCGUCUACAAAAAACACAAACCUCAAUUUUAGGGCUCUCCACCAAAAAACCCUUAGUAGCCGGGAAAAGGGCAAGAAAGUCCAUCAACGAUUUACCCUUGGAUUUGUCUUCAGUGAAAAAGCGAACUCGAAUUGACGAAAUUGCUAGUAACCUUCAAAGCAAAAUAAGCCAAAGCCAGCAGGACCUGAUCAUCAACCUGGAUGACAUGGAUGAUGAAUACACGGGAGACCAGUACACGAGUGCUGACAAUGUGGACCCAAACCAUAACGGCAAUAAUGCCAUCUUCAUGUACAACAUACAGCAGCCUCAUGCAAGGGAAGUGGCACAUAAAGGUGGCAGGAUUGGGAAAAGAAAAAGCGAUCCUAAAUCCAAAUCCAGAAGCCUACCGCUGUCUUUGACUCUUUCUGAUGAUAGUGAAAACAUUUCAGGUGAUCUCAUGGAUAGUAAGGAGACCACCCAUGAAAACAGCCUCUAUGCAGAGGAACCUGCACGUUUCUACUGUAAACACUGUGAUUACCACAACAAGUCUGCGCGUAGCGUCAGCACUCAUUACCAGAGAAUGCACCCUUAUGUAAAAUUCAGCUUUAAGUACAUUCUGGACCCUGAGGACCAAAGCGCAGUCUUCCGCUGCUUGGAGUGCUACAUUGAAUACAACAACUACAACGACCUACAUCAACACUACAUGGAUCACCACCCGGAAGCAAGCAACGUGCUCAAUUUCAACCAACCCAAUCUUGUCUACAUGUGCCGCUUUUGUUCAUACAACAGCCCAAAUGUCCGAAGCCUCAUGCCUCACUACCAAAGAAUGCAUCCCACGGUGAAGAUCAACAAUGCCAUGAUCUUCUCCAGCUAUGUUGUGGAGCAGGCCCACAAGACUUCUGAAUCCCAAACUCUGAGGGAGAUAUUAAACUCCGGCCCCAAAAGUUUUAACUCCGCAAGCUCCACUCCUAGGUCCUCAUCAAGUCCAGUGCUAAAAACUGUGUCUAAGACACCCGAAGCAGCAACAGAGAAAGAUCCCCUUAAAGAAGCAGUGGGAAGCAAUGUCGUUGUAUAUGAUUGUGAUGUGUGUACUUUUUCUAGUCCCAAUAUGCACUCUGUUUUGGUCCACUAUCAAAAGAAACAUCCAGAGCAAAAGGCAUCUUAUUUCCGUAUACAGAAAAGCAUGAAGGUUAUCUCUGUCGAUCAGCCCGUCGCCAACUCCUCGUUUAACCUGAAUACGUCGACCCCAGCAAAACAAUCAAGUGCAGCACUGUAUGGUUCUGAUGAAGAUAUGUUCUACUGUAAGCACUGCGUAUACAGCAACAAAUCUGUUGUGGGCGUGUUGGUCCAUUAUCAGAAGAGACACCCUGAAGUAAAAGUGACUGCCAAAUAUAUCAAACACGGUGCCCCCACCGCCGGUUUGAUGAAACUGAUAGAUGAAUUGCAAAUAACAGCACCUAAACAGUUAGUGACGCAGUUCCAAAAUAAUUGUCACAAUGGAUCCAACAACUCAAGCCCUAAACUUGGAGAGAAAUGUGAGGAUGAGCUUUUCUUCUGCCAGCAUUGUGAUUAUGGCAACCGAACUGUCAAAGGAGUGCUCAUUCAUUACCAGAAGAAACACAAGGAAACUAAGGCGAACGCCGAUCUCGUCCGUCGUCACACUGCGGUUGUACGGAGUCAACGUGAACGUGCCCAGUCGAGCAGCUUCGCUUCCACCACAGUUGCCCCAGCUCCUCCAGCAGACGAUGAAAACACUACAUUUUUGCGUGCACUCAAGUGCAGACAAUGUUCCUACACAUCCCCGUAUGUGUACGCCCUCAAGAAGCAUCUGAAGAAGGAGCACCCCACUGUAAAAGCCACAGCCUUGACCAUUUUACAUUGGGCUUACCAAGAUGGUAUCCUGGAGGCUGGCUAUCACUGCGAGUGGUGCAUAUACUCCCACGCCGAACCCCAAGGCUUGCUACUCCAUUACCAAAGACGUCACCCUGAGCAUAAUGUAGAUUUCGCCUAUAUGGCCAGCAAGCUGUGGGCUGGGCCGGAGACCAUCGAACAUGGGGGGAACCUUGAAACGAAACAUUACAAAUGUCGGGAUUGCGCCUUUGAGGCCUGCACAAUAUUUGACAUAACAAGUCACUAUCAGGCAGUGCACCCGUGGGCAAUUAAAGAGGAUCAAUCUGUCCUUUUAGAUAUCAUUAACGGAGAAGCCGCGAAGAGCCCCAAAGAAUCGUUCAAUUCUAUGGAAGACGAUUGCCCUCUGUACAUUGCCAUGCCGCCUCUGGAGAGCAGUCCCCAUGUCCCUCACCCACGUCUUUCUAUAUCCACUAAUCCCUAUCAGUGCACUGUGUGUCUGUCGGAGUACAACAGCCUCCAUGGCCUCCUCACCCACUAUGGAAAAAAGCACCCUGGCAUGAAAGUCAAAGCAGCAGACUUCGCACAGGAGGCCGACAUCAACCCCAGUUCUGUGUACAAGUGUCGCCACUGUCCCUAUGUCAACUCCCGUAUCCACGGCGUCCUCACUCACUAUCAGAAAAGGCACCCGUUAGUGAAAGUCACAGCAGAAGACUUUGCAAACGAUAUCGAGCAACUUGCUGAGAUAAAAGAGGCUGAGGACAAAAAUAAGACUCAAAGGCAGGGUUAUGGUGCCUACAGGUGUAAAAUGUGCUCAUAUACGCAUGGGACGCUGGAGAAACUCAAAAUCCACUAUGAAAAGUAUCACAAUCAGUCUGCCACCGAAAUUUUUACACUGGGUUUGACAGAUGUCUCAGUCGGCCAAGACACAGAGCCCAUUGCAGAAUGCAGUGCCAGUCAUAUAUCAAACACAGCCAAAGUCCAGGAGCCUGGUGAAGUCGACUUUACUCUAUCGCCGUUACCCAUCAAUAAGCCGGAGAAGCACGCCAUAUUCAAGUGUCAGCUGUGCAAGUACUUCUGCUCCACUCGUAAAGGCAUCGCUCGCCACUACCGCAUCAAGCACAACAAUGUCCGCGCUCAGCCGGAGGGUAAAAACAACGUCUUUAAAUGUGCUCUGUGCUCCUACACAAACCCCAUUCGUAAAGGUUUGGCAGCGCACUACCAGAAGCGUCAUGAUAUUGACGCCUACUACACCCAUUGUUUGGCUGCUUCCAAGACUAUUAGCGAGAAACCCAGCAAAGUGACGAUACCGCCGCCAUCGGAAAGGGAGACCUCAGAGAUGAGCGAGGAGCUGCGUUUGGCCGUAGAGAGUCGAAGGUGUUCUCUUUGUGCCUUUCAGGCAUUCAGCAGGAAGAGCAUUGUGGCACACUACAUUAAACGCCACCCUGGUGUCUUCCCGAAGAAGCAGCACGCCAGCAAGCUUGGUCGCUAUUUCACGGUCAUCUAUGCCAAAGAUCCAGAGACAACCGAGGAUAGUCCUGUAGAAACAGAAAUGGAAGAUAAGGAGCUGCUGGAGGAUCCUCCAGAAGCCGAGCAGAAUGGUGUCGGCGAUUGGCUACCAUUUAAGUGUUUCAAAUGCUUCCAGUUGUCCUUCAGCAACGGCAGGCUGCUGUCUAUGCACUACAACGACCACCACAGUGUCGACUUCAAAAGGGACUUUGCAAUGACGCCGGACCCAGUAGACGAGAGCUCAGAGUGGUUCAACUGUUCGCAUUGCGAACUGAAGUUCCUGGCCCUUCCUGCGCUCGCCACACAUCUGCUGAAUCACAAUGAGGAGUUUGAGAAGAGGGCCACGAGGCAGGAGAGGAGGAAGCAGCUUCUCAGCAAACACAAAGAAGAUGUACCACAGAGCAAGACUGAGAAGGAAAGCUGUGCAAACAAAACUCCCGAAGGGUUCAGGUGUAACUUCUGCAUGGAGGUCCAUUCUACCCUCCGAGCCAUCUGCAAUCACCUGAGGAAGCAUGUCCAGUACGGAGAGGUCAAAGAGGGACAUGUCAAGAAGGAAGCCAGAGAAGUCCCCCUGACUGCGCCUUCACAGAAACUAGUUAAUGGUGACGUGAAAGAGGAUAAAAGAGCCCGCCUUGAAGGGCCUGAAGAUGAUGGGAUGGACCCCACUUUCGUCCCCGCGGACUCCCCCGUUGCCACAGAGACACCAGAGUCGGAGCUGGUUGCUGUCCCGGGGAGAGCGGCGGCCCUGGUGGCUGCUGCCAGGGCCUCAGUGUCAGGGGCCCUGCUCAAGCAACGACUAGCGACCGGGGGCCACCCUUGUGCCCAAUGCGACCGGGUCUUCAUGUCCAUGCAGGGACUCAGGUCCCAUGAAAGGAGUCACUCAGCCAUGGCUAUGCUUAGUAGAGAGGACAAAUAUAGAUGCCAGUACUGCCAGUUCGUCUCACCCUUCAGACACAAUCUGGACAGACACAUGCAGUCUCAUCACGGGCACCACAAACCCUUCAAGUGCAAACUCUGCCCCUUUAAGUCUGCCUAUGUGAGCCGCUUGAAGAGCCACAUGCAUAAGGCGCAUACUAGCGAGCAGCAUGCGUACAAGUGCUUGUCCUGCCCUUUCUCUUCCAUGACCAUCAGCCAGCUGAAGGAGCACUCUUUGCAGGACCAUGGCGAGGCUCUAACUCUGCCUAAACUGCGGGCCGCCACCCAGGCCGCACACGCUUCCACCCGGCUGACCACCAACGCUGAUCAGAGUCCUUCACCUCCGGACGACCCAUCAUAUUGGGAGCAAGAGGAUGAUUGUGAGCCGCUCAGUCAUUAUCAAAUUGCCUCUCACAGUCAUGUGUCUUCCUCUUUGGUCCACGGUUUGACAGACAACCGCCCGGAUCACAUUCUCACCUGUGAGUUCUGCGAGUUUAGCUCCGGAUACAUGCAGAGCUUGCGUCGGCACUAUAGGGACCGUCACGGUGGGAAGAAGCUCUUCAAGUGCAAGGACUGCUCUUUCUUCACCUGCUACAAGAAUACUUUCACCAUGCACGUGGAGGCAGGCCACAAUAACAAUGCACCAGAGGACAUUCAGAAAGACCUUCGCUGUCCUCUCUGUCUCUACCACACCAAAUACAAGAGCAGUAUGAUCGACCACAUCGUUCUGCACAAAGAAGAGCGCAUAAGCCCGCUGACAGUGAACCGAUCGAAGCUGUCCCGUCACCUCCAAGGCCUGGUUUUCCGCUGCCACAAGUGCACCUUCACGUGCUCCAGCGACCACGCCUUGCAGCUCCACCUGCAGAAGCACGUGGAGGUCAAGCCCUACCAGUGCCAGCUGUGCUACUACGACUGUCGACGCCGCAGCCAGCUGGAGGAGCACCUCCGCCUCGAGCACAAGGUCAUCCGGAACUUUGAGCUGAUGGGCCACGUCAACUUGGACCAGCUGGAGAUGAUGAAGCAUGGAAGCAGCAGCGAGGAGGACGAAGGGGAAGCAGUACAGGAGGAUAACGACGUGAUGGAGGUGGCGGCCGAUGGAAAGGUUGCUGUUGCUGAGGAGGAGGAGGGCGAAGAGGAGGAGGAGGAGGAGCAGCAGGGGGAGCAGGAGGAAGGCAUGGAAGUGAUGGAGAACCCAGGGGAGGAGGAAGGAGACAUAGAGGAUGAAAAGCUGGAGGGUAGCAUCAAAGAAGAAGAGGAGGCAUUCAAGGAGAUUGAAGAAGAGAGGCCUGCUCGACAAGAAGUCCUUGCUUCUCCAAGCACUAGUAGCAGCAGCAGCGAGAGGGGCGAGAAGCGUCUUCCUUGCGAGUUCUGUGGACGCUGCUUCACUAACAAUUUAGAGUGGGAACGUCAUGUCCUUCGCCACGGCAUGACGGUGAACAGCAAUCAAUUGGACACCAGCACAAACUCCACAAUGGACGCCUCCGCUCCGUCUUCCCUCUCCUCCACAUCCAUCGACACUGGACUGGACCUUUCCGGCAACCGGGAAGAGAAUCCAAACCCCUCAGAUCUAUCGCAAAGUCAUUACGAGGACGACCAAGAGAUACUUGGCACCACAAUGGAUCAGCAGCUGGCUUGACCAGACUGGGGACCCUCUUGGGCCAAUAAGGUUAGGUCGAAAUAGGAUGUAAAAUUUAAAAAAAAUUAAAGUGAGAAACAUUUUAUGAUUUGGUGCAUUAUUAGAUUGUAGGUGUUACUUAUAUAAGUAUUAGGUUGUGCUGCUUAAAAAAUAAAAGGCGGAGUUCCUUAAUUAAAUGGGCGGUCCCCUAGGACAGAUUUUUAAUAUAUUGGUAACCAAUAGUGAACUUUUAUUGCUGACAUUCUGGUCAAAACUACAGUGAAAAAUCCCAUCUAUAUUAAACUAUUUAUAGAGAAUUUUGCCCAAAAUUAUCCAAAUUGAGCUAUUCGAAGCACCUUUUACACUUGCUUUAUCAAAACAGAUGAUAAAAGAUCAAAUAGUAAAUAUGUGAGCAUUUACAGAUGGCCCAAUGCUACCUUUAUCUAACUAUUUUCCCAUUGACGCCUUGUGUUUGAAUACUUUGAGUAAGGCUUGCACCUUAUCUAUUUUAUUACGUUGGCAAAUCCUCAUUGGUAGAAAUAAUGGCAAUUUACCACCCAUGUUUUUGUAGCAAAUUGCUAUCUUUUAGAUCCCUUAAUAUGAUUAUACUACGUAUAAACCUUCAGCCUGUGGCGCCCUUCGUGUUUGGACUGUACUGUUUUAUUAUUGUUCCGUAAUUUCACUGAUGAAAAAAAGUGGAUAUUGGAUUAAAUGUUGUUUUCCAGUCCGUCAUAGUUUAAGCUGUGCACUCGGUGGACAUAUACAACGACAUGUUGAUGUUCAAUCACGUGUCUACACUUGGGAUCUCGACUAAGGCGCUAAGGUUGCACUUGUCUUUUUUUCAACUAGGAGGCCGUUCGGAUUACUUCAUCUUUAAUAAUUUAAUCAUUGUUUUUGUUUAGGCGCAAAUGUAGCAAAUUUGCAAGCAGUUCCUGGCUGUGACCAGCAGAGGCACUAGUGAUUAGACUAGUAUGAUGUAUUAGGAAGACAACAUAGCAUAGAACAACUAAAGGCCUACUGAAAUGAGAUUUUCUUAUUUAAACGGGGAUAGCAGGUCCAUUCUAUGUGUCAUACUUGAUCAUUUUGCGAUAUUGCCAUAUUUUUGCUGAAAGGAUUUAGUAGAGAACAUCCAUGAUAAAGUUCGCAACUUUUGGUGCUAACAGAAAAGACCUGCCUUUACCGGACGUUGCAGACGAUGACGUCACAUGUUGAUGGCUCCUCAUAUAUUCACAUUGUUUAUAAUGGGAGCCUCCAACAAAAACAGCUAUUCGGACCUAGAAAACGACAAUUUCACCAUUAAUUUGAGCGAGGGUGAAAGACUGGUGUUUGAGGAUAUUGAUAGCGACGGACUAGAAAAAAAAACGUGAUUGCAUUGGGACGGAUUCAGAUGUUUUUAGACACAUUUACUAGGAUAAUUCUGGGAAAUCCCUUAUCUUUCUAUUGUGUUGCUAGUGUUUUAGUGAGUUUAAUAUUACCUGAUAGUCGCAGGGGUUUGUCCACGGGUGUGUUGACGGCAAUGUCUCAGCGAAGUCGACGGCAGCUUUAUGGACGGGACAAGCUCAGCUGAUCUCUGUUAAGAAGCGACUUUUUACCACAAUUUUCUCACCGAAACCUGCUGGUUGACAUUCGGUUGGGAUCCAUGUUCGCUUGACCGCGCUCUGAUGCAAAGUAAAGUUUCAGCUCUGGGAAUUUUAAACAAGGAAUCACCGUGUGUUUGUGUGGCUAAAGGCUAAAGCUUCCCAACACCAUCUUUCUACUUUGACUUCUCCAAUAUUAAUUGAACAAAUUGCACAAGAUUCAGCAACACAGAUCUCCAAAAUACUGUGUAAUUUUGCGGUUUAAUCAGACGACUUUUAGCUGUGUGUGUGUGCAGCGCUCAUAUUUCCUAACAGCCCGUGACGUCACGCGUACACGUCAUCAUUAUGCGACGUUUUCAAGAAAAAACUCCCGGGAAAUUUAAAAUUGCAAUUUAGUAAACUAAAAAGGCCGUAUUGGCAUGUGUUGCAAUGUUAAUAUUUCAUCAUUGAUAUAUAAACUAUCAGACUGCGUGGUGGGUAGUAGUGGGUUUCAGUAGGCCUUUAAGCUUAUAUAGAAAAGAGUUUGAAUAGAAAAAGGAUUUCAAAACUUUUACAGAGUCUCUCCCAUCCAAAAUUUAACUUAAUGUUCGUUAUAAACGAAGGAAAUUCCAUCAAACGCCUGUGUGGCCCUUGUUUAUGUGAGACUUUGUUUAGCUGAAAAUUGUUCAAAGUUGUAUUUUUGGGCCAUUUCUGUGCAUGGCAAACAUUUAUAAAUGUGUAGCUACAAAAAUGUUUUUCUACUCACACCUACUGUCAGUAUAGCUUGGAAUAUUUGGCUUGUACUUGCACGUAGUUGCUAGUUCUGUAAUAUGAGAGGAGUCAAACAAUAAUAUUUCAGCAAGGAAAACUGGAUUUGAAUGAACAUUUUUGAAUAAUUUCUAUUUGUGGAUAACUUAAUAUACAGCAUAUUUCUUCUAUAUGUCUGGUUUUCAUGCGUACCACAAUUUAAAAAUCUAUGGUCUUUAAAAACGCUUUCACGUAAACACGAAAAAAUGGUCGUCUAUGGAAACAGGAGUCGCAUGCGUACUUAGCAGGAGCAGUGACCUCUAGUGGCCUGGCAUGCAUAGUUCAGUAGGUCUGCAAGGUGACAGGAGGAGUUUUGACUACCUUGUCAAGUCAUAAACUUAGAUGUGUUAGAACUAGGGGUGUCCCGAUCCGAUAUCCCGCCAAAAAAUCUCGGAUGAUAUCGAUUUACGUCUAAAUUCUCCGAUACAAGCAGUCCUGUAGCGUGUUUACAUUAACAAAGCUGCACAGCCAGUUAACAUCGCAAUGUCCUCCAAUAAGCACACGCGUUUGAUCUUUUCUUAUAUUUUAGUGAAGUCAUUUACAAAAUAUAAACAUGGUAGGCUAUAAACUAACAGCAGCUACACAACAGCUAAGCACAUCUUUUCUUAUAUUUUAGUGAAGUCAUUUACAAAAUAUAAACAUGGUAGGCUAUAAACUAACAGCAGCUACACAACAGCUAAGCACACAGGACCGUAUUUUUCGGAGUAUAAGUUGCACCUGCCGAAAAUGCAUAAUAAAGAAGGGAAAAAAACAUAUAUGUCGCAUAAGUCGCGUUUUUUGGGGAAAUUUAUUUGAUAAAACCCAACACCAAGAUUAGACAUUUGAAAGGCAAUUUAAAAUAAAUAAAGAAUAGUGAAUAACAGGCUGAAUAAGUGUACGUUACAUAACACAUAAAUAACCAACUGAGAAGGUGCCUGGUAUGUUAACGUAACAUAUUAUGGUAAGAGUCAUUCAAAUAACUAUAACAUAUAGAACAUGCUAUACGUUUACCAAACAAUCUGUCACUCCUAAUUGCUAAAUCCGAUAAAAUCUUAUACGUCUAGUCUCUUACGUGAAUGAGCUAAAUAAUAUUUGAUAUUUUAUGGUAAUGUGUUAUUAAUUUCACACAUAAGUCGCUCUGAGUAUAAGUCGCACCCCCGGCCAAUUUAUGAAAAAAACUGCGACUUAUAGUCCGAAAAAUACGGUAAUAUGUGUACUGAAUUGAACAAUAUUGCAGUCCAAAAUUCUACUUUUGUCAAUUAAAAUUGAACAAUAUUGCAGUCUAAAAUUUUACUUUUGUCAAUUGAAAAUAUCUAUUAAUUAUAGUUGCAUGCUACUUAUUCAUACAAGGUCUCCAAGUCAGAAAGUUAUUCGAAAGUAUUUUUUGAUUGAUUGAGACUUUUAUUAGUAGAUUGCACAGUACAGCACAUAUUCCCUACAAUUGACCUCUAAAUGGUAACACCCGAAUAAGUUUUUCAACUUGUUUAAGUCGGGGUCCACGUUAAUCAAUUCAUGGUAAACAGAAUAACAGACAUCAUUCAACUCAUUCCGUCAUGGGUGUAACUUAAAGAUUAUUGUGAACACUAUGUACGGAAAUCACAUAAAAUAGCAUAAAACUGGCAUAACGUUAGUGUUUUUCAUACCUGAACAUUGACACUACAAAAUAAUAAGAAUGUACCGUAUUUUUCAGAGUAUAAGUCGCUCCAGAGUAUAAGUCGCACCUGCCAAAAAUGCAUAACAAAGAAGGAAAAAAACAUGUAUAAGUCGCACUUUUUGGGGAAAUGUAUUUGAUAAAACCCAACACCAAGAAUAGACAUUUGAAAGGCAAUUUAAAAGAAAUAAAGAAUAUUGAACAACAGGCUGAACCACCGAAUAUGACGCAUAAAUAACCAACUGAGAAGGUGCCUGGUAUGUUAACAUAACUUAUUAUGGUAAGAGUCAUUCAAAUAACUAUAACAUAUUGAACAUGCUAUACGUUUACCAAACAAUCUGUCACUCCUAAUCGAUAAAGCCCAUGAAAUCUUAUACGUCUAGUCUCUUAUGUGGAUAAACUAAAUAUUUGAUAUUUCACGGUAAUGUGUUAAUUUCACACAUAAGUCGCUCCUGAGUAUAAGUCACACUAUGAAAAAAAAAUGCGACGUAUAGUCCGAAAAAUAGGGUACUAUGAUUCCUGAUGAUAUUGUCGGGGAUUAAUAUCAAUUCAAAAGGCUCCAAAAUUGGUAAUGCAUUGGAACUGAAAAAGUUGUAUCGGGACACCUCUCGUUAGAACCGACUCUUUUAGCCUCCUUUAUUGAUUGGCACAAUUUAAAUAUUGACCCGCCUUUCUUUUUUAAGAGCGACUUUUGGGAGAAUACUUUUUCAAACAAAAUCAACUAUAAAAAAGGAUGUCUAAAACUUCUCCUCGACUGUUCGUCCAUUUUUAAGACACUUUUUCCAGUAAUUCUCUACUCUUAACGACUACGUCUCUCCGACACAAUUUACAUAUUGACCCGCCUUUCUUUUUUAAGAGCGACUUUUGGGAGAAUACUUUUUCAAACAAAAUCAAGGAUAAAAAAGGAUGUCUAAAACUUCUCCUUGGCUGUUCGUCCAAUUUUAAGACACUUUUUCCAGUAAUUCUCUACUCUAACGACUACGUCUCUCCAGGUCUCUGGUGUGUGAGUGACAAAAAGACUUUGUCUAGACUCAAGUCCAAGACAACUUGUCUUUUUGAGAAUUUCCAGGGUAAAUAUACCAUUGUGUGUUUGGAUCAAAUAAAAAGACAAGUGCAACCCCGACAGAAAGCAAUUUGACUUGCCCCCCGGCUGUGAUCCCGGCCUUCUCCUAAUCCUCUUGUGUCAUAGUCUGCUUUAUAUUUAUUUAUCUUUUUUUUUUUUUUUUUUUUCCAGAUUUACUGUUGACAAAAAAAGUAGGCAGAGAUUGUAUUUGUUGAAAGUUGCUGCUCGAUCGCCCUAAAGCCUUAUAUAUAGCAAUCAAAUUAUAGUCCAAAAUGACCAAUAACGUUUGAAUCGCAUUUUUGUCAAGAUGCGUAGUACAUAUUAUUGUUCUCCAGCCUGCUGUGUGCGCUGCUGUGACUCUCGAUAAAGGGAGCUAUGUCACCUGUUGUCAGGACUCCCGUUUGCAGCCGUGUAUAGAAAACUACUUGUUACGGUUUUUAAGAAAGAACACGCUAACCUUUACCCUUUUGUUCUUUUUCAUUCAUAAAAAAACACACUAUUUGGGAGUGUUUCAGGAUCCCUUAUCAAAAAUACCGUACUGUACAAAGUCUGUAUCAAAUGGGGAAAUGCCUCUAGAUAGGAAGAUUAAUGUGUUUUUAGUUUUUAAUUAGGAACAUCGUCGUAAGAACUAAAAUAUAUCCGUUAAGCAACGUGUGGAUUCCUCCGAAAAUCAUCCUCCCGUAUAAUUGUGUCAUUUGUUGACAAAAGAUCGGGACUGUAUCAGCCUAUCUAUGCUUCCCCUUCUCCAACAAUUAACUUACCGCCAUACACGUUCGGUGCUCGAUUUCUCCGUUUUUGACACAAACCAGCUUGUAGUUUCCUGGAAUUCAUUGUGGUAGCUUUAAAAAAAAAAAAAAAAAAAAAAGGCAGCUCCUACGAUUGAUGACCAGAUGUUGUUAUUGUUAUGGUGACAAUCUUGGAAAUGGCUGCCAGCCCUCCAAAAAAUGUUGGUUGUUCUGUGAUCCUUUAAAAUUGUGUGUAUCUUCUGAAUCUGUACGCCCAAAAGUAGAGUCCCUGCUGACAACACACUGGAUACUUUGUACAUAUCUUUAGUUUUGUUUUAAUGUCAUUUUCUGCUUUUUUUUAAUUUUUAUGUUUUGUUUUGUUGGCUCCAUAGGUUGACACUAGAAUCUGUCCUUGCCUUUCUUCCCGUAUAAAUCUUGAUUACCUGAUGGUGGGUUGUGAUGUUGCCUAGGAUGAUUGUUUACAAUUUUAUUCCAUUUAUUUCUGGAUAUUCUGUAAAUAUUGUAAUUCAUUGUCUUUUUUUAACUUGAUAAUAAAGUUAUCAGAUAAUGGUCA